UUUUUGGCUCACCUAGGAACCUUUAGUCUAUCUUAUAUUUGUUAAUAUCCAAUCAGAGUUGCUUAGCGGAAAUCAAUACUUUUUUUUGUAUUUGAAUCGCAUCAUUCAAUAUAAUUCUUCUUUCUUUAGAAAUCGAUAAGAAAAGCUACUGUUCAUAUUUGCUACAAAACGUUUAUAAUUAGUGUAUUUUCAAUAAUCGUAUAUAAUUCAUUUGUAUUGUCCUUAAAACCACUUUGCAUUAUAAUUUUGCGAUAUUUCAGAUUUUAUAUCAAUCGAUAUCAGGAAGAAAUAUAUGUAAUUUGACGAUUCUUUGAAGACAUGGAUUCUAAAAAGGCAGAGUCAACUAAGAAUGAUUAUAUUAAUGCAAAAACAGAAUACGAUAGACUGCGUGCAGAAAACGAUGUAUUGCAAGCAUUGCGAAAAGGAUUAGAGGAAUGUAAGAAAGAAAAUGUAUCAUGUGAAAAAGAUCUAAUGGAAUUCUAUAGAUUACGAUUAGAUUCACAAACUACAAAUAAAAAAAGAACUGAGGAAUUAGAUAAAGGUUCUUUGAUUAUGAAAUCAGAAGAAUUGUCUUCUUUUGACAAAACAACAUUAGAUAUUGCUAAACGAAGAAAAAAUAUUGCUGACAUGGAAUACAAUCUUUCUUUAAAAGAGAUAAAUAUGGAAUUAAACUUUCUAAAUAUGAAAGUUGGAUCUCUUCAAAACAAAAUUAAUUGCAUGCAGAAAUCAAUAAAUUCCGCUAAUGGCUUUAUACACAAAGCAGAAAAAGAUGUGGAUGAUUUCUGUUCUCAAGAUAUCUUCAUGAAAAUGAAAUUGAAAGAAUAUAAUCAGGCAUUAGAGAAGUUAGAAGGUGAUUUAGAGAGCUUAAAAGUUAAAGAUUUACAAUCAUAUUUGAUAUUAGAAAAGUAUAAACAAUAUCUGGACAUGGUAGAAGAAAAGGUCAAAGUAGAUAAACUUUUAGAUAAAUAUCAUGAUCUACCACCAAAUAUAUUGCAAGCUAAAGUAAUUCUUGAAAAUAAACAAAGAGAUUACGAUCAACUUGAGAAUACAUUCUUACAAUAUAAUAAGAGAUUUUAAGAAUGUUUUGAACAAUAUAUAUCGUGUGUGUGAUACGUAAUAUUAUAUGUAUAUAUAUAUCUAUAUAUAUAUA